AUGUUUAUCAGGAAUGAAAUGAAGUCUGGUCUUCAAAGUAGCGAUUCGUUCGUAUUAAGUAAUAAAUCAACCAGUUAAGAGAAAAUGUCUCAGGAGUAGAGUGCUCAAUAAUCACCUAAGAAGCGAUCCCUGCUUAAAUAAAAACAUCAUCUCAUUCCACUUACUGAUAGGUUGGAAAUUAGAAAAUGCUAUUAUAAUGAUUAGUAAAACCAAGAGUUAAAAUCACAAGAACAUAGAUUAAACAAUUCUCUCUAAAAAAAUAAAAUGAAUUUACUUCCAAAACUAUAAGGUUAGGAUUCAGAUAAGACUUUGUUUCAAACAGUUAUUGAAAUAUUUCCUGCAGAUCAUCCAAUUUGGAAUGAUUUAGUUGAAAAAUCUUAGACUAUAGAAGAUGUUAUUGAAUCGAAUCCAGCCUUUUUUUUAGGGUUAAUGACUCUUUAUGUAUAACAAUCCAAACUACAAGCACUUAAAAAUAAAUUUCAGUUGAAGGCUAUUCAAAGUUAAUACCAAUAGGAUUAUCAAAAUGGCAGUGUAGGAAACCAAGAUGUUCUAUUGGAUUAAUCGAAGGCUCACGAUUAAAUGUGGGGCAAGAACCUUAAAUAACUAUACACUGGGAGUGUCUAUAAUUCUCAAUAUCUGCCUUUUAAGUUAGAAAAAAAGAGAAAAUCUCCUCAGCCAGAUUUCAACCCUAAUUUAAGCCAUUCGUCUUAUUUAUCGACUUAUAGAUCUUAAUUUUAAAAUUGGAAACCUCAAUAUCCUGGCAAGAUGACAAGAGAGACAUCCUCAGUUGAGCCAUAAAAUUUGCCAUUUAUUUCGGAAACCAGUUAUACUCGAGAAUUCAAAAACAAAAGAACAGAAAGAUCUCCUUUGUAAAAGAUAGCAAAAUUAGGACCCUUUGCUGAAAACUCCGAGUAAUUAGUCAAAGAAAGUACAUCUUCGUAUUACUAAUAAUAACAAUUUAAUAGAAUUCCUUCAAGAAUAAUGCGCCCAAUAAGUCCAAAAUUAUUCAAUGCUAGUUUUGAAGGAUAGUAUACAUCAGAAUUUAAUAAAUCUUACCACAUAAAUUCAGAUCAAGAAUCUUCUUUUGCAAAUAGAUUUUAUGAAAGUAAUUCUGUCAAGAAAAUCUUUGAUAGAAAAUUUGAUAGUAAAAUUUUUUGA